AUGCUUAUGGUUACUUGGGGAGCUCAGUUAGCGAAAUCCAUAAAAAUUAAUCAUUCGUUUCCUAUCUAUAAAACUGUAUUUUGGACGGAUUCGAAGGCGGUGUUCUCGUGGAUAAGAUCAGAGCGUAGAAAGUACAAGGAGUUUGUUGCUCAUCGGGUUGGGCAGAUUCUUGAAGUAUCAAACCCUGAAGACUGGCGAUGGGUGCCCACGAAGGAUAACGCGGCAGACGAUUUGACAAAGUGGAGCAAGUCUACCGAGAUCCACUCUGACAGCCGCUGGUUCCGUGGUCCACAGUUCUUGUAUUUCGCAGAGCAGCAUUGGCCCCAUCAAACGCAGGAGGUGGAAGAAUUCCAGGAAGAAUUAAGAGCAAGCGUGUUAUUUCAAAAUGUCGUAGUUUCGGACGGACUAUCGAUGCGGAUUGGAAAUGUAUCUAAGUGGACGGUUCUAGUUCGAAUGGUAGCUACAGUUCUUCGCUACAUGUCAAACUGCAAGCGCUGUGCGCAAAAUCUACCGAUCGAAUCACUUCGUACCGAAGCAGUGAGAACUAAUAACCAACUGAAGCUGAAACCAGGGCACUACGUUCCACUGCGUCAAGAAGAAUAUUUUGCAGCAGAAAAUUGUCUUUGGCGCUUGGCACAGCGCGAAGAAUACGCAGAUGAAGUGGCGACGUUGUUGAAACAGCAAGAUGGGAGAGAGUUGAAACUGGAACGAUCGAGUCUGUUGUUUGACAAGUCACCCUUUUUAGAUGAGUUUGGAGUGGUACGAAUGGAAGGUAGAACGGAAAGAGCAGAGUAUGCUUCAUUUGAUUCGAGAUUCCCGAUCAUAUUGCCGAAGAACCACCUCGUGACUAAGAGGCUUGUAGACGAGUUCCAUCGAAAAUCUGGGCAUGCUAGUAGGGAAACGGUAGUGAACGAAGUUCGGCAACGGUUUUUUAUCAAUAACUUGAGAGCAGUAGUGGACAAAGUUAUAAGUGAAUGCCAGUGGUGUAGAAUACAAAAGGCUAAGCCGCAAAUACCCAGGAUGGCUCCAUUACCGAAACAACGGAUGGCAGUUGGAGCUGAGGCCUUUUCGUACGUAGGGUUGGAUUAUUUCGGACCGUUGGAGGUAUCAAUUGGGCGGCGACGGGAAAAGAGAUGGGUGGCACUGUUCACGUGCAUGACAACACGAGCUGUUCACCUGGAAGUCGCGUACAAUUUAACAACAGAGUCGUGCAAGAUGGCAGUAAGAAGAUUCGUCAGGAGGAGAAGAAGUCCGAUCGAAAUUUUUUCUGAUAACGGAACCAAUUUUGUCGGAGCUAGCCGAGAACUCGCGCUGCAAAUUCGCCGGAUCAAUGAAGGGUGUGCCGAUACAUUUACAAGUGCUAGAACUCGUUGGGUGUUCAACCCGCCUUCAGCACCCCAUAUGGGUGGCGUGUGGGAGCGUAUGGUGAGGUCGGUGAAGGUAGCGUUAAAUACAUUAACAGACGGUGGAAGGCUCACGGAUGAGAUAUUGAACACAGCCUUGGUUGAAGUGGAGGACUUAAUUAAUUCGCGGCGACUAACGUAUGUGUCUACGAAUGUGAAAGAAGACCCAGAAGCUUUAACACCUAACCAUUUCCUGAAAGGGAUGUCAGCAGAAUGUUUGCCGCCUAGGAAUCCAAUAGAAGUCGCUGAAGCUCUCAGGAGUAAAUAUGUUCGGGCCCAACAGUUAGCAGACGGUAUAUGGAAUCGUUGGCAAGCUGAAUAUCUACCAAAGCUGAACAAACGGCCAAAGUGGUUCAACGAUGUUCGACAAAUGCAACCGGGAGAUCUGGUAUUUGCCUUGGAGGAUAACAAGCGUGAACGAGGAGUGGUUUCAAAAGUGUUCCUGGGAAGUGAUGGCCGUGUACGAUCAGCAGCAGUGAAAACCAGCAAAGGAGAGAAGACGAGACCCGUGUCAAAACUGGCAGUGCUAGAGAUGCCUAGUAGUAAGCCCAACGAAGAAAACCGUGGAUAG